AUGAGUUCCCUUGAUGGAUAUCACAUUAUGAUCAUUUCUCAACACUUCAAAUCAAUUCAAGAUUUGAAAAACAUCGAAUUUGUAAAUAAGAAAUAUAAAGAAAAUAUGGCAAAGUUCCAUUUUAACCCUAUUCCACUUAACAAAACAACAAUAAAAUAUUUUCCAAAUAUAGAAACAUUAAAUCUUUGGAAUGAUAAGGCUGAGUGUUUUGGUAACAAUUUAAUAAACACUAACACGACUUCUGUACAAUCAAAGACCAAAUUUUAUCGGAUUAAUGUGUGGUUUGAAGUUGAUUACAGUACAUUUAAUAACCAUCAAAAUACAGAAUUUUCAUUUAAAAGUGUUGUAUACACAAAACAAGACCGUCUCAAAUUUGGAGAUGUUAUACCAAACAACAUUAUCAAAUUACGUUCCGAGUGUUUUGAUCACAGUUCAGUUUCUUCUUUAAUUAUUCCCAAUACAGUUACUUUUCUUGAAAGCAAUUGUUGUUCGGGUUGCUCCAAAUUGAAAUCAAUUAAAUUGUCAAACACAUUAAAAGUGAUGGAUUAUGACUGCUUUUCAUUUAACGGUGUUUUAGAGUCAAUUGAAAUUCCCAGUAGUGUCACACAACUUGGAGCGUGUGCGUUCUCAAGAUGUUCGGCUUUGACUUCACUGACCAUUUCCAAGUCACUUAACAUCUUAGAAGACUUCACUUUUCACAAAUGUUUUAGUUUACAAAACAUCGUGUUUCCUUCGUCACUUCAUUCAAUCGGUAAAGAGUGUUUUAGCUUCUGUAUGUCGCUUCAGACAAUUGAAAUACCAAAUGUCACAAAUUGUAUUGAACAAAAGUCUUUUGCUUAUUGUGACAAACUUUCUUCGGUAAAAAUAAGAGGAAAAGUGAAGGACCUCAAAGCCGAGUGUUUUUUAUAUUGCAGUGCAUUGACGUCGUUUGCUCUGCCAAAGCACGUGACUCGCAUUUAUAACAACUGCUUUCAGGGGUGUACAAGUUUGUGUAAAAUUACACUUUCAACUAAAAUUAAAGUGCUGAGUUGGGGAUGCUUUCAGAGGUGUUCAAGUUUGGAGCAUUUUGAUGUUCCAACAACAGUGACAUGCAUUGAAUGUUUUUGUUUCUGGGAGUGCAUUAAUCUACAAAAAGUUGUUUUACCAAAUGGGUUCGUAAAACUAGAUGAUUCAUGUUUUUGUGGGUGCUCAAAGUUGGUUACAAUUAAAAUACCAAGUACAGUUAAAUCUUUAGGAACAGAAUGUUUCAAAGAAUGUACUUCUCUUACUAUUUUUGUUCCUAAAACAGUCACGUCUAUUGGUAAAAAGUGUUUUCUAAAAUGUAAAAAGGUUGUUAGUGAAAACGGAAAUAACGAAUGUUGCAUUUCGUAA